AGAAACAAGCCUAGACUGGACAAGGACUGGAGGGCAGGACGUAGAGUUAUUGAAUUAGGAGUGCUGGCAGAUGGACUGUCCGGGUGUAAAAAGUGUGGUCUACCCCUCCAACUGUCUCAUUGCACAGGAAUUAUAACCUUUGGUCUUGCAGCUAUGCUCAAGAUACCAUGCAUGAAUACCCAAUGCCAAUAUGUUAACAAUGUGCCUACUGGAAAGAGACACAAUAGAGUCUGGGAUGCUAACAGCAAGCUAGCUGCAGCUGUCCAACAUACUGGUAUUGGUUAUGAACAGAUCAGUGGAAUACUUGCUGAAUUAAAUGUCCCACCUGUCAGUCGAACAUUACUGAGUAGCAGGCAGGAAGAGGUUGGAUCUGCCACAGAGUCAGUUGCAACAGAAACAAUUCAGGAAGCUCUUGAACAGGAAGUCCUGACAACAUCUAUGAGCAAUCAAUCUUCCUCCAUUACUGUGAGUGUAGAUGGGGCAUGGCAAAAGCGAGGAAGUGGGAGGUCAUAUGACAGCCUUACUGGACACUGCUCAAUGAUAGGAAGCCAGACGGGAAAAAUUGUGGGUUAUAGCUUUAGGAACAAAUCAUGUAGAAUUUGUGAACGAGCAGAAAAAAACAACCAAGCCCCAGUUCCACAUGAAUGCAAAAGGAAUUGGACAGGUAGCUCCAAGUCCAUGGAAUCUGACAUGGUGGUGGAAUUGGUUAAAUCAACAUUGAAGAAAGGGAUUCAAGUAGAGGCACUAGUUGGGGAUGACGACACAACCACAAUGUCAAGAAUUCAUAAAGAAAUAGACCCAAGCAUCAAAAAGCACUCCGACAAAAAUCAGAUUAAAAAAAAUGUAUCCAGUUCACUCUAUGCGCUGCAAAAGAAACACAACAGUUUAUCAUCAAAAGUGAUAAAAUACAUUCAGAAGUCUUUCAACUAUAUGAUCUCUCAAAACCAGGGGAAUCCCACCGGGAUAGAGAAAGGCCUUGAUGCUCUGGCUCUUCACCCAUUCAAUGACCACAGCCAGUGUAGUGAAGUAUGGUGCCACCAAAAAAGAAAUACAACAAAGAAAUACAGUUCACUACCCUAUGGACGGCCUUUAGAGAGUGAGAACCUAAAGCAAGAUCUUUUAAGCAUUUUCAACAGACUAAAGAAACAUAGCACCAACCUUGCCAAUCUUGGAAGCACCCAAGCAAAUGAAAGCUUCAACAAGACAGUAGCUUCCAAGGCACCUAAAUCCCGCCUCUUCAGUCGUACUUUUGGCUACAGAGUUGCAGCUAGUGUAGCACAGAAAAACCUAGGGCAACGGUAUUUGAUUGAGGUCAACAAAAAAAUGGGAUUAUCACCAGGCGGACACACCAAAAAAUUGACUGCAAAAAAGGACAAGUCUGCUGGUCGUAAAAAUGCAUUGUCACUAACUACGAAGGCAAAGAGGAGGAGAUUAUUUCUCAAGGCAGAAAGGAAACAAGUGAUAGCCUGCAAAGAAACAAGAGAGGGGCCAACUUACUCUUGCGGUAUUGGUUUGCAUACUGGGAAUGACACUGAAACCAUUCCAGCUCCUGUUACCCAGCCCCUAAAACAGCCUCUACAGAUUUCUAAAGAGAAUCCUUUGAUCUUUUUUGACCUUGAAUCAACAGGACUAGCAAGGACCUCUCAUAUCACACAGAUGGCAGCUGUGUUUGAAGAGGAAGUGUUCUCAGAAUAUGUCACGCCAGAGGUUCCUAUCACACAGAAAGCUGCAGAAGUCACCGGAAUUACAUUUUUAGCAGGAAAAAUGUAUUGUAGAAAUGUUGAAGUUAAUGCUCUCAAACUCACUGCUGCUGUCAAUUCCAUUCUUGAUUUUUUCUCAAAGUUUCAGUCAAAGGUAGUUUUGAUUGGUCAUAAUGUUAAAUCAUUUGAUUGUCAAUUAUUUUUAAAUGCUGUUGAGGCUUGUGGGAAAACUGAUGAAUUUUCAAAAUGCAUAGCUGGAUUUAUAGACACAAAGUUACUUUUCAAACUUUUUGAUCCAGAAUUAAAAUCUUACUCACAGAGUGAACUUUUCAAGCACUAUCUUUCAUUAGAUUGCAGUGCUCAUAAUGCUCUGGAUGAUGUGAUGGCAUUACAGAAACUUGUGAAUUCUGUUGGGAUUGAUGUAACCAGCUCCAUGUAUUCAGCUGCUUCUUUAACAUUUUCAAAUGCUUUUGAAAACUUUAAGUACAGUUCUGAGGUUCAUAAAAAUGCACCUUCUUUAGAACAUUUAGUUAGGGAGAAGAUUUUAAGCAAGAGCAUGGCCAACAAAAUUGCAGGUAUUGGGUUAAACUUUAGGUUUUUGCAAAUGGCCUACACUAGAAACCCUCAGGAUGGAAUUCUGAAUUUACUUUCAGAGCAAAUAGUAGACACUGAUCAUGUUCGUGUUACAAAGUCUCAAAAAGUAAUUUCAUGCUUGAACAAAUAUUUUGCUUCCAAAUGUGAAAGUUAACUAGAUUUCUGAAAAUUUGUAGAAUUUUCAAAGGAAUUGUCAUUUUCAGGGUAACUAUAUCAUUGUGCAUGUAUAUGCAAAUGUUGACCAGUACAUUGUAACACAAUAUUUGAAAAAAAGUAAGUGUUAUGUGAUUACCAGGUAGCAAGAUUUCGAACAUUAGUAGAAUUUUCAAAGGAUGUCAUUUUCAUGGUAACUAUAUCAUUGUGCAUGUAUAUGCAAAUGUUGACCAAUAAAUCAUGUACAUUGUAACACAAUAUCUGAAUCAAAGUAAGUGUUAUGUGAUUACCAGGUAGCUAGAUUUCUGAACAUUAGUAGAAUUUUCAAAGGAUGCUAUUUUCAUGGUAACUAUAUCAUUGUGCAUGUAUAUGCAAAUGUUGACCAGUACAUCAUGUACAUUGUAACAAAAUAUUUGAAUCAAAGUAAGUGUUAUGUGAUAAUGAAUGAUAUACCGGGGUAUUUUUAUUACAGUUGAAGAUUGUUUUUACUUUAUACUUAUAAUUGUGUAUGUAGAGUAUGGAUUUUAUGAAUGUAAAAAAGUUAAAGUAUGUUAAAUGUUAUGUAGAUGUAUAUUUAUUAAUUUUGUACACUAAGACUAUUUAUUUAAGUUAUGAUUUUUCUAAGAAGUAUUGAAAGGUUUAUCAAAUCUAGCUAUUAAUUAUUCCUUAAUAUUUAACUGUUUAAUGUAAAUUAAGUUCCUUUGAAUAAGCUAAAUUUUUCAAUGAAUAAAUUGUAUGAAAAAUUUCCUAAAAUUUCGACAUGAAAGAUUUUUCUCAUAUGAAUAGCACUAUAAGCAUAAAUUAUAUGACAGAGGAAAUUCGGAAUUUAGAUGUCAGUUGUGUGAAAUACCUGUGAAAUAAAUAUUUAUUUAUGUAAGUAUAAUAAAUAAAGGUAUGUGUGUCUUCAUUUAUA